AUGUCUCUCACUUAUACGACGAUCCCGCUCCAGGUCAAGGGCGUGAACCUUAACCUGUCUACAAUCCACAGUCUCAACACCCGACCGCCAAUCCUAUUCCUGCACGGCUUCGGCUCCUGCAAAGAAGAUCUAGCCGAUAUAUGUCUUCGCCCAGCCUUACAGCAGUAUGGGUUCAUCGCCUUCGACGCCCCGGGUUGCGGACACUCAACAAGCGACCAACUGUCCGCCAUAGACAUUCCUUUUCUUGUCGCAACAGCAAAAGCGCUCCUCGAGUAUUUCAAUAUCACUCAAUUUCACCUUAUGGGUCACUCAAUGGGCGGAUUGACAGCGCUCCUCCUCGCACAUAGCUAUCCGAACCGAAUCCUGAGCUUCGUAGAUAUCAAGGGCAACCUUGCGCCGGAGGACUGUUUCCUGAGCCGCCAGAUCUUCACCUUCCAUUCGGACGACCCGGAGGCAUUCUUUGAUGAAUUUAUCGACCGAACACGCAAGGCAAAGUCAUUCGCUAGCCCUCUGUACGCCAGCACUCUGCGCGCGCGGGUGCGCGCAGAGGCGAUCCGACCAAUCUUUGAGUCGAUGGUUCACCUGUCGGAUGAGGAAGAUCUGCUGGGCAUGUUCCUAGGAUUGCCCUGCCCAAAGAUGUUCAUGUUCGGGGAGGAGAACCGAGAGCUCUCGUAUUUGGGGAAGUUGGAGAGCGAGGGCGUGGAGCUGGCUGAGAUCUCGGAGAGCGGGCACUUUCCCAUGUACUCCAACCCAGUCGAGAUGUACCGUCGGAUUGCGCUAUUCCUGCACAGGGUUGUUUCAAACUAG